UAGAUUGUUUGACUGAGAAAACUAGAAAUCCAGAGAAACAGGGAGCUCAGGUCUUCCCUUUGAUCCUUAAUUAUCUUUUGGGGAGAACCCAUUAAUAGGGGUUCUUUUCCUCUAUUCAUUGAGCUUACGCUUUAAGCUUGUUUUGUUCUUCUCUCAUAGUCUUCCGUGCAUCCAUUUAAUCUGUCACGUCCCCUGUUUAGCCUGUACUAUCUGAUUCUACAGUUGCUUGUAGAGCUAUUUUUCGUUUGUUCUGGGCGUACACCUGAAGCACCUUCAGACCCAUUUCUUUUCAUGCCUGCUUUUUCUUCUCUCAUCUUCCGGAGAUCGGAGAUGUGAGCUCUGAGGAUGCACAGCAGUGGACUUAUUUCUGGAUCCAUUGUAGACAGAACCGAGAAUACUGAAGUAACAGAAAUAACAGAACAAGGAGACUUAUAAUAUUUUCUAAGCUGGAGAGCUGUAUGAAGAAUUAUUGAAACAAUGAGAGAUGGAAACCCGAAGAAAAGCAAGCUCUCAUGGUCCAAGACUCUGGUUAGGAAAUGGUUCAAUAUCAAGAGUAAAGCUGAAGACUUUCACGCUGAUGAUAUUGUUUACGAAGAUGGUGAUGAAGAACCGAGGAGCAGUUUUUCAGAGAGGGAGCCAUACACGAUCAAGAAAAGCAAAACAGAGAGAUUGAACAAGAGCUGUGAUAGGGUCCGUCGGGGAAAGAUUGAUCUCGAUGCUGCUCCAGUUACAGAUGUUCAGAACUAUAGGAUCUUUGUAGCUACAUGGAAUGUGGGUGGAAAAUCACCACCUAGUUAUUUGAAUCUUGAAGAUUGGCUUCAUACUUCACCUCCUGCAGAUAUUUACGUUCUUGGAUUUCAAGAAAUUGUUCCCCUGAAUGCUGGGAACGUUUUGGGAGCAGAAGACAAUGGCCCUGCCAGGAAGUGGCUGGCUCUCAUCCGAAAGACUCUUAACAAUAUUCCUGGCACUAGUAGCAGUGCUGGUUGCUACACGCCUUCCCCAAUUCCUGAUCCAAUUGUAGAAUUAGAUGCAGAUUUUGAAGGUUCAACGAGACAGAAGGCCUCUUCUUUCUUCCACCGCCGGUCAUUCCAGUCUUUGAGUCGUAGCAUGAGAAUGGACAAUGACAUCUCAACCCCGCAACCCCGGCUUGAUCGAAGAUUCAGUGUUUGUGAUCGAGUUAUUUUUGGUCACAGGCCGAGUGAUUAUGAUCCCAAUUUCAGAUGGGGUUCAUCCGAUGAUGAGAAUGGGCCUACGGAUUCCCCGAGUACCAUGUUCUCACCAAUGUCCUAUGGUGGUUCCACAUCCAUGGAGGACAGGGAGAGACCAUCUGGGUACUCAAGGUACUGCCUCGUUGCAAGUAAGCAAAUGGUUGGGAUAUUUCUCACGAUAUGGGUGAAGAGCGACCUGAGGGAUGAUGUACGCAAUAUGAAAGUUUCUUGUGUGGGUAGGGGAUUGAUGGGUUAUCUUGGAAACAAGGGCUCAAUCUCAAUCAGCAUGUCUGUACACCAAACAAGCUUCUGCUUCGUCUGUAGUCAUUUAACCUCCGGACAGAAGGAAGGUGAUGAGCUAAGGAGGAACUCUGAUGUCAUGGAGAUCCUGAGGAAGACAAGGUUUCCACGUGUUCAUGGAGUAGGGGAUGAGAAAUCCCCUGAAACAAUCUUUGAUCAUGAUCGAAUUAUAUGGCUUGGGGAUUUGAAUUACCGAAUUGCUCUAUCUUAUCGCUCUGCAAAGGCGCUUGUGGAGAUGCACAACUGGAGGGCAUUACUAGAAAAUGAUCAGCUUCGGAUAGAGCAGAGAAGAGGUCGUGUAUUUGAAGGAUGGAAUGAGGGGAAGAUAUAUUUUCCACCCACCUACAAAUAUUCAACCAAUUCAGAUAGAUAUGCUGGGGAUGACAUGCACCCUAAAGAGAAGCGACGAACACCUGCAUGGUGUGAUCGCAUCUUGUGGUAUGGAAGGGGCCUCCAUCAAUUAUCAUAUGUUCGUGGAGAGUCUAGAUUCUCAGAUCAUAGACCAGUUUAUAGCAUUUUCUCAGCUGAAGUCGAGUCCAUCAACCGUUGCCGUAUUAAGAAAAGCAUGAGUUGUUCUAGUUCCAGAAUUGAGGUAGAAGAGUUGCUACCACACUCACAUGGAUAUACAGAACUUAGUUUCUUUUGACUGCUACAAGGCACAAAUAAAGACCCACAUUCGAGAAAUUAUGGAGUUCUCUACGUUGAGAAGAGACAGUUUUGUGCUUGCGAAUGCUUCCAUUUUAUGGAUUCAAACAAUCUUCGAAGAAUUGAAGACUCUAAUUAUUGUUUUUUUCUUCUCAAGGCUUUCAAGAAAUCAUCGGAUCCAGCUAAUGAAUUCUCAUCAAUCUUUGAAUUUUAAACAUGGAAUGUUUCAACCAGUCAGUAGCAAAGAAACCCUCUUUGUAUCGAAGAGCGUCACAGAUGUUUCUGUCCCCCACAAGCUAGAAAAGAUGUACUUUAUAUUUUGUAGUUUUGCUGGUAUCCAUUCAAGCCCAGUACACAAGGCAGUUUACAAUGUUUUUUGUCAGAAAGAAUAUAGUUUGCCAAAAUACUUGGAUGGUAAUAGUUGUUUUUGGAUCCUCUUAAGAUGAGGACAACCAAGUGGGUAUUGAGUUCUUAUCAGGAUAGAGACAAAACUUGAUUGCCCAAUUGAGAUGGUGAAAGUGGCUAGAGUUUGUUAAGAGGAUUAUUUGAUUCUUUUUAUGUGCAUAUUUUUGUUUUAAUCUUUUGAGGAGAAUGAGUUUAUUCUUUUUGUAAGGAAAAAAACAAUGGAAGUUGAUAUUCCGGCGGAAAGCAGAUAAAAUUGGAGGAGGAGGUGGAGGAUGGAUCAAAAUAAUCAUUUUUUGAGUAGUUUUGGGGUUGGGGGGGGGGGGUUCUUUUUGGUCAGUUUUAAUUAUUAUUUUGAAGUCCAUACAGAGAAAGAGAGAGAGAGAUGGGAUGGGAGUGUGGAGAUGUGACAGAGAACAUUCAUGGACUCAUCAUGGUGGUGUAGGGAUGUAAUAUAAGAAAGAAAUGAAAAAGAAAUAGAAAGAGGAUUAGAGGAAAGAAAGAAAUUUGAUGGUUGGCUCUA